ACCCCGGAAGGGGGCGGGGGUAAGGGGGAUAAUCUAGGGCGACUGCGACGGUGAUCGCUGUAGUCGUGGACUUGUAGGGUCUGUGGUCACCUUUAAGGUCUCAAGGGCUUGUGAUUGUGUAAGGUCUGAGUGCACUCUGAGGACCUGGUGGCGGCCUCUGAUUUCGAAAGGAUUCUGCUAUUGAUCUCCAACCUUUGCUAGGAAGAUGAACCACAACCACCAUAUGCAUGAUAUGAACCAUAUGAAUGGUACUAGCACUAUGCCUCCCCACCAUCCAUCCACUACACCCUGUCAUGGAGGUCAUGGAGAUCAUGGAGGUCAUGGAGGUCAUGGAGGAGGAGGAGGAAGCAUGAUGCCCAUGACCUUCUAUUUUGGCUAUAAGAAUGUGGAAUUGCUGUUUUCUGGAUUGGUGAUCAAUACACCUGGGGAAAUGGCUGGGGCAUUUGUGGCUGUCUUUUUGUUAGCGAUGUUUUAUGAAGGCCUCAAGAUAGCCCGGGAGAGUUUGCUCCGUAAGUCCCAGGUCAGCAUUCGCUACAACUCCAUGCCAGUCCCAGGGCCAAAUGGAACCAUCCUUAUGGAAACGCACAAAACUGUUGGGCAACAGAUGUUGAGUUUCCCUCAUCUUCUGCAGACAGUGCUGCAUGUCAUACAGGUGGUCAUCAGCUACUUCCUUAUGCUUAUCUUUAUGACCUACAAUGGAUACCUCUGCAUUGCAGUGGCAGCAGGUGCUGGAACAGGCUACUUUCUCUUCAGCUGGAAGAAGGCAGUGGUAGUGGACAUCACAGAGCACUGCCAUUAAUGUCACUCUAGAAUGUGAUGUGGCCUUAUUUACCACAAUGGGAAGUAACUGGAGACUGAGGGAGUUGAUUCCAAAGUCCUCCCGUUGUCCCUCCGUGGCCCCUUGCCUACCAUCACUUUCAUAGACAACAAAUCAAGGAGGUUUGUCUACUAACCUCCAAGCUGGAUGAUGCCCUCCCCAAACUGUUGAUUUCUGCUACUAGACUGAAAUCCUCAGUUCUCCACUAAUCAAGGUAGUCUUUUUUCUAAUGAAUUUGAUUAUCUAUUUCCCCUUUUAAAUUUUAAUUUUUUUUAAAAUUUUUUUGAGUCAUGCAGAAGGGGUAACUCAUACCCACCACAUAACACUAUGUUUGUUGGACUGAGUGAGGAAAUAGGGUGUGCCUUUGCUGAGGUGUGAAGUGUUGCAUGGCAAUCUGAGAAUCUGAAGAAGGAUUUGAGCUAAAUAAAAGUGUGAUAGCAUAAAACAUGUGUUCCCUUGAAUAAUAGCAUUCUGGGUCAGAAAGCUUCUGUUUACCUUUUUAUUCUGAUCUCACCAAUCACAAUUGACAAUCAACUUAAUAGGAAAUAUUUUCAAAUAAAACCAUUGGCAUAUUUUCAUCUUGCUCCCUUAGUUGUUUAUAGUUUUGUGAAAUGAAAAUUCUCAUGCUUGUCUGUAGUAGUUAUUGGGGAGGGACCCCAGCACAAGAGUCCUCGAUUAAAAGGGAGGCAUCUCUGAAUGAUUUGCAUUUCCCAGAUUCCUCUGCUGGUUCCACCUUACCUCCAUUUCCUACUAGAGAAGUCUCCCCUCCUCCAGCCUGUUCUGUCAGUGUCAGUCUUGGCCCAUGGGGCAAUGUAUUAAAAUAAUACAAGGUCUGUCUUUAGCUUUAAAAUAAGGACUGAUUUUGACCUUUAGUUUAGCCUCUAAAUUCGUUCAGUCUUUUUUCAUUUGAGGACUUAAUUGCCUAAAAGAAUGACCUUUGUGAAUUGUGAUUUCUUCCCCAGUAUUCUCAAGGGGUCAUUCUUCCUGUUGAGCUAACUUUGCAAAAGUCCUAACUAUCUCUAUAAAUCUUAAUGAGCUGGCCUAAUCCUGCCCUUUAUAGUGCUUGAUACUCUAUGCCCUAGGGCAAAAGAGACAAAGUACAACUGCUGGUGGGUUUUUUUUAGUCUACACUCUUCCUAGAAAUGGUUACACCCUUUUAUGAUUGUAGGAACUCACUGGGCUUCAUGACCCAGAGCCGUGCUACCAGUGCAAAGAGCUUAUUUCCCAGCUGUGCCACAUACCUGUUUGAGUCACUAACCCUCCUUGCACCUUAAAAAUAAGGGGCUCAGAGUAGAUGACCCAAGUUCCCUUUUAGCUAUAAAUCUAUGAUCCUACCCAGGUUUUUUCUGGAAUACAUUCUUUGAGGUUACUUAGUUCCCAAAAUCGAAACUUGGCACAUUUGGUUAUUUAAGAAUAAAUAUUCCCUUUAUUUAUAUCUUCUCAGUUUUCUCUACUAUCAUAAAUUAUUCUACCUUUGAUUGGGCAUUAUUUUUUUCCGUCAAAUCAGCUCCCUGAGAAGCCACUUAGAAGUGCCUAUGGCUGGAGAGUGAGUAUAUAUCCCAGAACUCUGUGCCUGACAGCCAGCACCAUCAAUGCUAUUCAUUGAUAUUCAUCUCCUUACUUUUAAAGCCAUGUGGGAUUUUUGAAGGCUUUGAGUUAAAUGGGCUUAAAAGGCAAAACUUUGUAAUUAUCUCAUUUUCUUUCUGAGAUUCAAAUCAACUGAGCAUGUGACAAUUAUCAAGGAGGACCUUCACAGUCCAAUGCUGUGGAUUUUAUGUCUAUAAUCUGACAAUGUCAAGGAAUAGUAAAACUAAUAAUGAAAUGGUGCUGAAAUCCUUUCAGUCCUGUUGCUUUCUAGGAAAUCUUGACCUAGACUGGGAGAUAAGGGACCACACCCAGUAAAACAAAUUGUAUUUAAAGUUGCCAGAGGGAAAAACAUUCCCUAGCUUCACUUUCUUAGAUUUUAUGCUAUUCAGGAUAUUUUGUGUACGUUUGUCUCUUGUCUGUGCCUGUAUUUUGAAGGAUUUUAACAAAUGAUUGUAUUACUGGAAUGUCUGCUUUUCCUUCCAAACUGUUAAUUGGGGUUCUGGUGAUAUACAGCCUCAUCCAUCUUGUUUCAUUCCUUCCUCAUUAGUUUUCUAAACCAUUUGUUUUUCCUUGUACAUUCGCCUUGUAAGGCCCCCACAUUGUAACCCUCUGCUAUAGAGCUCAAAAUGUACUGUGGGUUCUACAAGUACAGAAACCAAUUCACCAAAUUUGCCUGUUGAGGUCAUACUUGCAAACAAUGGACAUGGUUCCCAAGAGUUGAGUGGUCUUCUGCAUAUGUGUGUAUAAAAUAGCUCUGUCUCUGAUCUGGGGUUGAAAAACUGAAUUACAACUAUACACUAAUGCAUAAAUCCCUAGUUUUCCCAGAGUCCCAGGGAUUUCCCCUUAGAAGCUGGUAUAGUGCCUUGCACAUGGUACUAGGAUUCCAAAUGUUACAUGUACAUUCAGUGAGUGGCAACCCAUGGCCAUUGUGGAAAGGUAGGACACUCUGUCUGAAUUUCCUCAUGGCUAUAGGAACACUAUUUCCUUUCCACAUGGCAAUGCCACUCUGGGGUUCCCUCCUUAUGCUGGUGAGCCACACCAGCCUGCCUCUACCAAAUGACUCCCCAUUGAAUGUGUGGUCACUUGAAAAUACAGCCACUUUCCUACCUGUAAUUUUCAUCCUGUCCUCCCUUAUACUUCAGUCAGAUGUUUCAACAGAAGCAAGUUUCAUUUUACAAAAUGCCUUAAAAGUGUGGUUUUUUUUCUUUGUCCAUUUUAGAUUGUAAGCUCCUUGAGGGCAGUUUUGCUGUUACACAGCUGUAGAGUGCCUAACAGUGCCAUUUGCAAAAGAACAAAAUAAAUAUUUUGAUUCUGUA